UAAAUUUAAUUUUCCACAUAGGUAAAGUUUUUAUAUCUGCUGAUUCUGCAGCUGCACCUGAAUCUUCAGAUUUAAAGAAACUUGAUGAACCAGUUGACAUUCCAUCAGAUGCAGUUUUACCUGGAGUAUGUUAUACAACUCAACCUUUACCUCAGGAUAUUAGUAAUUAUAUAGGUGUUUAUGUAUCCACUGUUGACAAUCCUGGACAAAUUUGGUUUCAAAUUAGAGGAAAAACAACAACCGAAGCUUUGGAUGUACUAAUGGGAAAGUUAGAACAUUUCUAUAAUGGUAAGAAUAGCAACAGAUACAAAAUGCCUGAUACCUUUGUAGGAAUUGAUCAUAUCUGUGCUGCAUUAUGGACAGAUGAUAAUUGGCAUCGAGGUAUUAUAACUGGCAUUCCAUCCAAGGAUUCUGUCGAGGUCCUGUAUGUUGAUUAUGGUACUAAGUGUACAAUUUUAAGAACUCAUUUAAGAUUUUUAAAGAAGGAAUUUAUGAUUCUUCCAAUCCAAGCAAUCAAAGGACGAUUAGCUAAUAUUAAACCAUCAAAUGGAGUAAGUGAAAUUUUGUAAAGUUUAAAAUAUGAUGAUAAACCAUGGUUCUGUUAAGCGUUUAACUACAUUUGGAGAUGGAUAAUGACUCAUUGGGUUUAAUAAUAAACUUUGUAAAACAUAUUUAUAAUAAUACAAAUAAUUGUGUUUGUGUUUUAGAAUGUUUAAUUUAUUAAAGUAGUUUAUUAAAUAUUAAAAUUAAGGUGAUUUAAAAAUAAUAAAAGAUUCAUCUAGGUGUACUAAUAUUUAUUUAAACUUUUUUUUUUGUGAUUAGAGUAUUUUGUUAUUCAUAUGCACUGUAUUGAAUAAUAAUACUGGAAAAUUUUAUGCAGGGUUUUAAUAUUAAGAUACAUAGUAUAUUAUCUGUAUGUUUACUGUUUGUUAGUUAUCAUAUAUUGAAUGAUUACACCAAUAUAAUAAUACACUGUAGGAAAGUUAAGAAAAGAACACGAUAAAGCCAUGGAUCCCAGGAAAUGGAUAUUUUAUUUACACACACUAUAGAUAGUAUAUUGUACACAAUCAUUCAUACGAGGCAUAUGCUUGUGUAUAGAUUCUGCAGGGCAUGUCAAAAGACUUUCAGUACUCCAUGUACUCUCCUCUAGCAGCAAUAUAGGCCACAACUCACAUGUGGAAAUGUUCAGAGGUGAUGAAUAUCACUUUGUGGAAUGGAAGUCCAUGCACAUUCCACCUGAUGGCACAUUUCGACAAGGGUUGUUGCCACUGUUGAAGACUGGGUUAGAUCAGUGGUUCUCAACUGGGGGUACAUGUACCCCUAGGGGUACAAGCAUAAAUAGAAGGGGUACAUCUAACUUUCAUUAUAAAAUGGUGCAUGUUAAU